CUGUAAUUAUCAUCAGUGAAGACAUUUAAAAUCUGAACGUUUUUAGAUUUACAAAGUGCGCAUUUAUGUUCUUUUAAAACAACAAAAUGAGAGACACCAUCGUGGACAUUUAUGUACUUGUUUCAUGUUGUUAUCGUCCUCUUGAAGCCUUAAUUUGUAAUAAUGAGUUUUUGUUCUUCUGAAGCACCUGCUGCUGUCUCACUACAUAAGAAGUCUAAUAAAAACGUAUAUUUUUCAGUCAUGAGGCCGUCUCUGUCUGUGCUGGAGCCUGGGUUGGAGCGAGGUGUGCCCUGGGGUCGUGACCUCUACACCUUUGUGACCUCUGCAGCAGGUCAUAUGAUGAGGACCCUCCAGAAGCCCCGCAAGAGCCGACCGUCCAAACGGCAGGUCAACCACCGCCGCUUCCUGCACAACAUGAUCCAGAGAAAAUUUGCCGACAUAGAAGCAGCAAACCACCGACUAGCCCUUUAUUUGAAAAGGGACGAAAAGCACACAUCCUCUCUUUUGUCGCACAAACAAGACACUCCCAACUCUUCAGGUGACCGCUUUCUCCCAGACUCAGAAAAACGCAGCGUUCCAACAGACACAGAGAGCAUGUUAAGGCCUGACGUCUCUGAUGAUUCAAACGAAGCUGAGGUCAGAGUCACAACGCCGUCAGACUUUGGUCACGGCUGGAAAAGUCCCCACAAAUCUAACCCCUCUGCUCAAAUGGAGAAAAGGAGACAGAAAAAAGAGGGAAGUCAGAAACUGUGUUUCAAAGACAAAGAGUAUUUUCAGGAGGCAGAGCUUUUUCAUUCUGAUUAUCAUGAUCAGUUUGAGCCGAUCUCAGAAAACCCUCAAGGACCUCCGAACAGCUCCAGUCUUUUCAGCCAAAUCAACAACAACUCUCCUCCUUUCUCGCCUCUGUCCCUCGAUGCUUUCGACUUCUCAGUCCAGAUGUCAGAGCUCACAGCCUGCUCACAGGACCCCAGAACCACCAGCGAGGGGCGGCCGCCUGACCUGGCUGACCUCUACAGCGUCUGCGGUUCGUACUCUGAAAGCUGCGUGGAUGUAGAGGACUACUUUGACAGCAGUUCAGGCCAAGAUGAGGAUCUGUGGGAUAAAAUCCCUGGAGGUGAGCGCACAUACAGAUAUGGUCAGGAGGAUCAGAGCGUGACCCCAGACCACCCAGAGGACCAGAGGAGCUCACAUGUGCUGGGGCAAACAGAGGAGAACCAACUUAAUAACAUGCAACCAUAUCAGAGUACAGCUAUAAACUCAAAUCUGCUCUCCACGUCCAUCAGCUGCAGCUCCCGGCCUCAGGAGAGUCCGCUCCACAACCUGAACCUGUCCCUGUUUGAAGGGGUUGCACAAUCAUUCUUCGCCCCUCCUCAUCAUCAUCAUCAUCAUCCCACACCAACACUACCACCUGAGGACGACUGGCUGUUCACGGACAUUUUAAAGGACAGACGGUCCCCUUACUAAAACGUAAAUAAACAAAAUAAACUUGUGGUUUUAUUGAAGCUUACUGAGGCUGCAACAAACUGCUGAGUCAGCCUUUUGUUACGGAGUCCGUCUGGUGACAUUGGAUGAAAAUAUAAAAUAUAAUCUAAAUGUCCACACAAAAAAAAACCUUCAGAUUAAAAAAUAAAUUGGAAUCGAGCACAAGUAUCUGCAGUGUGAACGUAGCCCAAAGAACAUGGCUGCUCAAUUGUUUUGUGGCCAUGCAUUAACUAAUGAUAUAAACAAUUAAAAAAGCAUGAGAUAUCUCGUGGCCAUCCAUUAACUAAUGAUAUAAAAUAAACAACGCAACACAACUCCGACUUCUGCAGCUGAGGCGCAGAGGGGCAGGAGCCUGUUUAGAAAGUUGAGCAAAAAAAAAAAAAAAAAGCUUUUUCGACAAAUAAACAACUCCAGUUGUCACCUGGGUCUUAUAGCUGCAGAAAGCUAAGAAUUAGCUUCAUGCCUAAUGUAAGGUGCUGACGUAGCAACGUCAUUCUUUUAAAAUAAAAAUAAAUUAGUUUAAUUCAGACUUGUGCAUGUGAACAACAAAGUCUGCACAAUGACAACAAUAAUUAUUUAUGUGGUGGCCAUGACAUAAUUAUCUCAUGGGCACACAUUAAUGUUAUUUAUUCCGUGUCACCGGACGGGCUCCGUAGAAAUCUGCAGAGAAUUUUGAUUUGUUUUCUUAGAAUAUUGGCUUUGAUGAAUGUCAGAAUUCUUAAGAUUUGGAAAUAAAGUCAGACUUGAGUUAAUUUUUUCUAUUAUUUAUGCUUCUAAUAAAAAAAAAACGAUAGGUAUUUGAUUGUGAAACAUUUGUUUGAGACCAUUUUUUUACCUUUAACAUUUAUGUACUUUUACUGGAGAUAUACAGUAUAUACUUACGGUACC